UCAGAACGAGAUAUUGUAAUGACGCAAUUUUUCAAGAUGGCUGCCCAUGGGACAGGGCAGUUUCUUGGCUGCGGUUAAAAGGGGAUUUUUCUUGCAGCCAGGAUCUUCAAGCGCCGUGAAACAUGUGGAGGAUAUUCAAUGGAAUACCAAGAGCAUUACGGGCACAUUUUCAUGGCCCACGUGCAGCAACAGGAGCAAAUUGUGUGGAAGAGGAAGCAAUCAAUUUAGAUACUGACAAUACAUGUACCUCGUCAGAAAAAGAAUCGAAAAAUCAAAUUUGUAAUUUUAAAAGAGAGGAGAAAGAAUGUGGCCCCCAUGUAAAAUGGCAGCAAGCUGAUCAGGACGAAAAAGACUGGUGGAAACGCCAUUCUUGUCGAAAUGAUUUCUGGGAAUUUUUUAAUGGAAGUCACAAUGCUUUUGAGGCCGUUACUUGGGGUGCAGCAGUUGUUCUUGGUAUCCAGUUAUCAAGACCAAGAUGGCGUGACCGUUAUUUAUACGAUGGAACGGAACACAGACGAAGUAGUUUUCUCUACCAGGUGGCGUUUGCUCUUCCAGGAUCUAUAACAACUAAAAAUUCCAUAAGAGGGAAGCGUGAAGACAUUAAGACAAAUGUUUCUGCCACCAGUAAUCUCGAUAAAGUAAUGAAAGACUUUCAGAUAUCGUGCAAGAACUACUCGGCGCUUGGUAAAAGUAUCAUUGGUCUGCAACAUAUAGAAUCUCGUAACAUGUCCGCAGCUGUUUCCUGUUUAAAGGAAUCCAGUAGUCUUGGUCAUUCCAGUUCUCAGUUUAAUCUUGGUUUAUGUUAUGAAGUAGGAGAUGGUGUGGAAAAAGAUUUAGAUAAGGCAAUGGAGUACUAUGAGAAGGCUGGAGAAUCUGGACAUGCUGAAGCCUUGUACAAUCUAGCCCUUUUACAGGAAGAUGAAGAUACCAUGAUUGAACUCCUUGAAAAAUCGGCUGACCAUGGUCUGUCGCAGGCACAGAAGUAUCUGGGUGUUUACUAUUCAGAAUCCACCGAUACUGGAGACGUAGAAAAAUCCACAGCGUUCUUUAAAUCAGCAGCUGAUCAAAAUGAUAGCGAGGCCCAGUGUUUUUUAGGGAUGUGUUAUGAACGAGGUUUGGGAGUAGAGGUAAACGAAUGUAAAGCUGCUGAACUUUAUCAUAAAGCAGCUCAGUCGGAGAAUGAUGGCGCCAUGUAUAAUCUGGCAGUUUUUUAUGAGCAUGGUCUUGGUGGUUUACCUGAAGACAAGAUUUCUGCCAUGGAAUUAUAUGAUAAAGCAGCUAAAGCUGGUAAUGAACACGCCCAAUUCCGAUUGAAUGAAAUAAAAGCCCGAUCAGCUGUGGAUGAUUGGAAAGUUCUUUAUGGCGACAAUCAACAGACUAAAGAAGACCCGGAUACAAGAAUAAACUCAAGCAACACUCUAAGUGUAUCUGCCUCUUCCCCAAGUAUUACAGACUAUGUUCGACAACAUUUGGCACAGUUGAGUUUCACUUUCACAGAGAAUCUGAUUGCUGUAGAAAAUACUGAAAAAGAAGACGAAGAAGCACCGAAAACUACGCAGAGAAAGAAGAAGCCACGACCCCAGUUCAUAUUAGGAGAAAAUGACAUAGAUGAUGAAGACUACAUGUCUGAUCGACAAAACGGACUACUAAAAUUAUCCAGUCUAAAUCCGUCUUCCAACUGUAGCAUUAUGGGAAUGGGUAGAAACAGCACGAUGCCGGAACUAGGUUAUAUACCUUGUCCAUGACGUAUAAUUAACGUUAGGUAAUUUCUGUACUCUAUAAAUAAUUUGAACAUAUCAGUUGUGAUAAGAUGUUCGCUGGCCAGGGAUGCUGUUUUGCUUGUCCGACAUUUUUAAUCAGGGUUAAUAGGGUCAGCAAAAAGCUUCCAUUCCCUUUAUUAAGAGACUUCAACUACAAAUACUUUUUAUGUAGUGUACGAUCCUGGUCGGAUGUUGGUCGACUCGUGCAUCACAUUAAUGGACGAAACAGCAUCCAUGGUUUACGCUGAGAAUGACGGAGAUCAUAGAAAUAAUCCAAGAGAACAGGAAAUCGUAGAAUUAAUCCAAGAAAAUUCUGAUUUUUCUGGUCCAAGAAUCAAAUGUAUUGGAUUUUAUUUUUUUGUAUUCUGAUGAAAUCCUGAUAAAGAGGUUUUGUGAUAUAAUUAUGAGAGAGAUUUGUUAAGAAUGAUUUAUUAAUUAUAAUCAUGUUUUCUGUACGAACAAAAUAUUCUCUUAUAUUCGUAUGCUUUCGUGUCGUGAGUAAAAAGAGGAGAGUUUUAUAUUAUGUGAUUUUAGAAAUUUAGAGCGAUUGUUACUGAUGUGAUCCAAUAACUUUUACAUAUAUAUGUAGUUUAGAUCACUUGUUAUUGAUGUGAUCCAAUAACUAAUAUAUAUAUAAUUUAGAUCAUUUGUUUGUGAGAUCCAAUAACUAUUAUAUAUAUAAUUUAGAUCAGUUGUUAUUGAUGUGAUCCAAUAACUAUUAUAUAUAUAAUUUAUAUAUAUGUUUGUGAGAUCAAUAACUAUCAUAUAUAGUAUAGAUCAGUUGUUAUAAAUGUUAUAUUAUUAUAUAUGUUAUGCCAGACAGAAAGACUCUGAAAUUACAAAUAAUUUUGACCAAUGUUCCCUCAAGUUUGAUUGCAGGUAUUUAUAAUUAUCUCUAGCAACUCAUCAAGCUUUAUUGGCAAUUAAAAACACAUCAUCAAGUAAUUUUUAAGGGAUGUUUCAUUAUCAGAAUUUUUUCCUAUUUGGCCCAAAUUUUGUGUACACAUUAAUUUCAUUUGUGAUCCCGAUGCAAAAACACUUUAAAGAGGGAACAGUGAUCAGGAGUCUACUUUUCGAAAUGUAACGAGCAGAGUUUUUCAUGUUUCUUUUUUUAUGUCUGAUUUAAUAUUUCAUAUUCAUCGAACAACCUCAUGUAUCAUAGUAGCCUUAAAAUAUAUCUGUACAUAAAAACUGAUCACCCCCCACUGUUUUAGUCCUUAUAACUUGUCUCAUCGCAAACCUUCAAGCACAAAGAUCAUGUUUUUUAUGUAUAUAUAUAUAUAUUCAUAUUUAAUCGCAUACAGCUUUUUUUAUUUUUGUACAGACGUAUCAAGCUUGGAUAUAUGUUACAUGUCAAUCACAAUUCCUUUGUCACUGACAGUGUCAGGACUUUCAGUCAAAAUUCCUCUGUCACUGAAAAUGUCAGGACUGUCAGUCAAAAUUCCUUUUGUACAUGUCAUUUACUGUUUCCCUGUGUCCCAUCUUCAUUCGCCCAAUCGGUGCAGGAAAAUAGGACGUUAAAUUUCAUUUUAUUACCUGGGUUUUUAUUUUCGAUACCUUUUAAUACAUGUCUGUCAACAUGACUGACUCCAUGGAUUGAGGGAUAUCUAGAGUUGAUAUGGCUGAAUUUUGACAAGGAAUAUGACCAUCACUCUAGAUGGGGUUUUUCGUGCUAUAUUCAUGUGGUUGUAACAAGCCGAGGAACAAUAUACCUGUUCGUUUAGUUGUACCCAAGCCAGGUAACAAUAUACCUGUUCGUUUAGUUGUACCCAAGCCAGGUAACAAUAUACCUGUUGGUUUAGUUAUAAAUGAUUAUAGAGGAAACAUGAGAAUAUAUUAGUUGUUGAUGAUAAAGUUUUUAUUGAUUUGUUACAUCUCGUAUCUCAUUAUGUUGUAGUGAAGAAAAAUGAAACUUUAUUAUUUGACAUAAUUAACAAAAAAAACUACCUUAAGCUAGCCUCACAGACUGUAAUUUUCACUGUUAUAACCUUUGAUAAAAAAAAGGUAGUAGCUUAUGAGAACGUCUCCAAUGAUUUUUUUACGUAUCGUGGAGAGAAUCGUAUGAGCGUUGAUCUUAAGACAUUUGUAGAUCUAGAGUAGCUGCUUAUUACUGGGGAAGCGUUGACUCUUACCUACCAUAAUAAAAAGCCAUAGUGUGAUAUCGACAGAAUGUUGUCUCACAGAACAUCAAAAUGUGUGAGGCUGGCGUUACUUGGCAUUAAAAAUGAACAAAAGAAGUGUGUAGUGGACCCCCUGGUGUCUUACAAAUGUUUAAAAUAUCAUCAUUUUAUAGCCAGUGAUCUCAUUACUUGCCCUGACCUCGCAUCAUCUACUCGACAAUAGUGUUCACAUCAAAUACUUGCCCUGACCUCAUGUCAUCUACUCGACAUAGUGUUCACAUCAAAUACUGAUUUUAUAAGUCCAGUAUUCUAAAUUAUUUAAAAUGAUAAUUGAUAGACCAAUCUGGGUGUAUUUUCAUAUUCAUGGAUUCUGUUUGAAGAACAUUAGUUUGAUUUUAUAUUUGAAAAAAUAUUUCAUAGGAAAAACAAAAACAAAAGAAAAAAAAAGAUUCCUUUACUUUUACUGAAUGUUGAAUAACCAUGGUAAAAAAUUAGAUGAAAUAGCCAUGAAAAAAAUAUUGAAAUUGGAAUAUUUCAAUAUUUGUGUGAGCUCAACUGGACAGUAUCUAGACAUGUUUAAAAUCAUAGAGUGUUGUGUAUGUUUAUGUAUAUAUACAUUGUCAGUGCCUCAAAUUAUUCCCUCUGUGUUUCCAUAAUUUUUAUCAGGAAGGACUUGUGUUUUGUUUUUUUUUUUAAAAUAAAGUUUUGCUUUGGGGUUAAAAUGAAUUUGAAUCAAAAUUUUUUGGACAUGUCUUAAGAAUGAACACAUCAAUUGUGUUGAAAUAAUAUCUUGUUUCAAUGUUGUGAUAAUGAUGCGGUUUUCAGUUAUAAACUUUGACAUAACAUAUUGGAAGAUAAUAUUUCAAAUUUCGAAAAAAAACGUUAUUCAAGUACAAAAGAUUUCUUUUAGCCCCAGGCAAGAUGUGUGGACGUGGAUUCAGGCUGUAUAUUUCAUUACUUUAUAAAUAAUUUUAUAUUGAUUAUUUUUGUUUGUUUUUACUUUAGAUAAAGGGGAUUAUGUUUGAUUUUAACAGGUAUGAUAGUAGUUAGGGUAAUGUGUGUGUGUUCAUCUGUUUAUUAAAUAUAUCCGUUGAUUAUUAAAAAUGUUUUAUAAACCUAUAUUAGGUUUGGAGUAUCCUUUUUCUGUUUUUAUUUGGGUACUUAAACAAUAUGUUAAUAAUAGCCCAUUUGAUGCUGAUUUGUCUUUCUUUUAAAAAAUAAAUCUCAAAUCAGGAGGGGUAGAACCAUAGAAUGUCUCUGCCUUGUACAACAUAAUAAUGAUAUUUGAAUUCAGAUAUCAUCGUUCUAGAAGGUUAAUAUAUGAUUGCGUAGGUUUAUAUCUACUGUUAUUACAGGCAUUUCAGUACAUUGGGUAUUAAAAUAUAACCUACGACAUCCAACCAUUUUAUAUAUCUUUAUUAGAUUCAAAUCUUAACCAGUGUUAAAUAUUUAUCUCUAAAAUGUGGUCUAUAGUCACUGGUGUUUAAUAUAUCUCUAAAGUUACGUUACGUUUGUCUGUAGUCACCUUGUCUGUAGUCACCGGUGUUAUCUAACCUUGAUAUUCAAUGUUGCAUGUUUUAUUACUAGUGCUAGAUCCAAGAUCCCCCCUAUUUUAUAGUCAGCAAUAUCAUUUCCGUGGAAGCGGACGUUAAAUAAAGAUACUUUACACACACGCGAUAAAGAACAGUUUAACCUAACAUUGAAGACUUUGAAUUCGUAUCCUUAACUUUGAAGUAGAAAAUGAAUAUGUAAAAAUUUAUUAAACCGGUAAAUGAGAUGUUUAUAUUUUAGCAUGUGUUUAAACAGCAAUUGACAGAUAUUCUGUACUUGCCAUAUUUAAUUAAAACCACCAGCACAAAGAAUUUAUUGUUAUCAAGAUUUAGAUUAUCAUUUAUGUAAAAUAAAUUUUAUAUUAUAAUGGU